UUUCAUCAAUCAUUGAGCACAUGAAAUCUCCUUCUACUCAAAAGUAUAUAGACUUUUUAGGAAGUGUACAUUCGAAACUUAUAAAGAAAUGGAAAAUGCUGGAAAAUCAUGUAAAAGUAAUACAAAUUCUGGCACAAGAUAAUGUAAAAUAUUUGUAUGCAUUAGAAAAGUUUACUCAACCAUUGUAUAGACUUGAUCCAACACAAAUGGGAGAAUAUUUACCUCCACUUAUGUAUGCUAUACGAAUGAUCUAUGCUACUUCACGAUUUUUUAAUACCAGGAGAAUGGUUACAGCGGUUUUUGUAAAGAUGACAAACCAAAUGAUAUUAGCAUGUAAAGCUUAUUUAACUGAGGAGGACAAAAUAAAUAUUUGGAAUGAAUCCAAAUCUGUUAUGAUAUCUAAAAUAAAGGAUUGUACAAAAUUGUGUGAACAGUACUAUGAAUAUUAUAAUGAUAUGUGCAAGCAAGUUAAGGAAUCUGCUGAUGAAAAACCUUUUGAAGUAUCAGAAAUGUAUAUUAUGGAUGUUUUUCAAACUGCAUUAACAUAUUUAAUUCUUUAUAGUUCUGCAAUACAGGGAAUAGAUUUAUUUGCGAACAAAUUUUUUAGUUCUUUUCAGUAUAUUGCUUCAAAAGAUUAUGAUCCAUUAGAUCAUAGAAAACCUUAUUUUGAUGCUGACUAUGACAAAUUUAAGAAAGAUGUAGCAGAAACUGAAGUUGAAUUAAGAAGUUUCUUUUAUAAGUCCGUAGCCGAAGCUCCUAACAUAACAGAAGCAUUAAGAGUAGUGGCAAGAUACAACGAGGAUAGAUCUGAUCCACCGUUACCCAGAAAUGUUCCACCUAUUGCUGGCCGCAUUUUAUGGAUUCGGCAGCUUUACAGGCGUAUUGAAGACCCAAUGGAAAUAUACAAAAAAUGUUUAAGAGUACUUAGCCAUGAUCGUAUGCAGAGAUGUAUAAAAAUUUAUAACGCUCUAAUCAGUGUCUUUAUACAUUAUGAAUUAAUAUAUCACAAAGCAUGGUUUGACUCUUCAGAAAUUGUUCGUUUAGCAUUAGCUUCACCUUUACUUAUACGACAUCCAGAAACAAAUAAGUAUCACUUAAAUUUUGAUUCGUACAUUAUUGAAGUGAUACGAGAAUCGGAACACAUGGCUAGAUUUAAUUUAGAAGUACCAGAUUUUAUACAAAUCAUAACGUUUUGCAAAGAUAAAAUUUUGUCAUCCUAUGAAACUGUAAAACAAUUAGUUGAAGAAAAUAAUGCAUUGAGGCGAAACAUAUUACUACUGUUUCUAAAUUUGAUGAAAAUUGUUCUUGUUAAUCUCGAGAUCGCUUUUCAACCCUGCUUGGCAGUGGUAACAUGGACAUCUUUGAAUAUAUCUGAAGUUUGUGAAAAAAUACAAGGGGCUCUUACAUCUGUGCACACUUUUGUAAAAGAGAUAACAGAUAUGAAGGAGGCAAGGGUCGAUGAAAUUUUUGAUUCUAUAUCAGAUGUUAUAUUGGUAAACGUUGAUGGUGCUGCAAAACAAGCAACUCAGUUAUUGGAUGAUAAUGUUGCUUUUGGAAGUACAAUUGCCUCUGACAUUGAAAUAAAAUCGUCCGCUGCAGAAAUAGCUGUAAUAACAAUUAUUAAUAAAUUUAUGGACUUUAUAGUUGAUGAGUCUGUUCAAAAUACAAAAUAUGAUUGGAUGGAUCCAGAAAAAGCAUAUAAAUACACUUCACAGACUAAGUUAACAAAAGGGAAAUAUGAAGCAGGCUUUGCUCCCAUUGAAAGAACACAUAGAGUUCAAAUAAAUAGAGUUCACAAUGACUGCAUGGAACUAUUUGCAUACUUUCAUGGAAAGCUUAUAGAUGCUUUAGUAAAAUGUACUAAGAAUACUUUUGAAUUAUUGAAGAAAAAGGUCACAAUUUUCAGUACUUUGAUAAAUGAUGAGGAUAAUUCAACAGAAAAAUCUCCAAUUUUAUUGGCCUCAUUUGUUUUACAAAUACCAAAUAUUUCUCUAGCACCUCCAAUAGAAGAGUUACAACACUAUUUUGGAAAACUACUAAUUUGUGUUUUAGAGAAUCAUAAAAAAAUUAUCGCUUGGGGACAGCGUUAUUCACAUGGAACAAGCUUCACCAGUGCACACAAGGAUUUAUCAAAAUUUAAGAACUAUUACGAAAUAAUAUCCGACCACAAAGAAAUAGUUCGCAGCGUAAUGAGUUUACAGGGCGCAAUUCUUGCAGCAAAAGAUGACAUAUCUCAAAUCAGUAAUACGUAUUUACGGUAUUCUUACAUAUGGAGUGAAGACAGAAAUAAAAUGGUCCAGAGUUUCGUUGACUCUGAACCAAUUGCUCAAGAAAUUAAGGAAAGAUUUAUAGAAUAUGACGAGUUAGUUGAUGAAAUUCAAAAAUUACCGGAGAAACAUAUAGUUGGACCGAUAGAAAUUUGUAUGGGUAAUUAAUUGUUAGCACUCUUAGUUGAAGCACGUACGUGGAAAACAUUGUUAGGCCAAAUGUUAUCCUCCACAUAUAAAGAAAAAUUAAAAAGGAUUACCGAGUAUAUCAAUGAUAAGAAUAAAGUUCUUGCAAGGGAGAUAAAAGAUUUGGAAGAUGUAAGGGUUGCCAUGAAAUGUUUGGCCGAAAUACGGGACGAUUUUAUAUCGUUAGACAUAGAAUUAAUUUUGAUAGACGAGACAUAUAGUUUAAUGGCAAAAUUUAACAUCCCCGUGUCGAAAGAGGAACAAGAAAUCGUAGACAGUUUACGAUACAAUUUUACAAAUAUGUUGAAUACGGCUAAACAAGUACAAGCAAAAAUAUGCGAAAUGCAAGAACCACUGAAGAAAGAAUUAACGGACGGUGUCGCAGUUUUGAAACAGAAUGUGAUUGAUUUCGAUCUUGAUUUUGAGCUAAAUGGUCCCAUGGUUGAGGGCAUACCAGCUAAAGAAGCAAGUGAUCGACUAAUCUUAUUUCAAGGUCGCUUGGAAGAGCUGUGGGAAAGGUACGAGACUUACAGUAGCGGAGAGAGUUUAUUUGGUAUCGAGCUGACAGAAUAUCCAGCUCUUCAUCAGAGGAAGAGGGAAAUAAAUUUAUUACAGAAAUUAUAUGGCUUAUAUUUGCAAGUGAUACGAACUAUUGAUAGUUACUAUGAAAUACCUUGGUCCGAAAUUGAUAUCGAGUCUAUAGUCACCGAAUUAGCUGAAUUUCAGAAUAGAUGUCGGAGAUUACCAAAAGCUAUGACAGACUGGCCAGCAUAUAUCGAAUUAAAAAAGAAGAUCGAUGACUUCAAUGAGACUUGUCCGCUGUUAGAAUUGAUGGCGAAUAAGGCUAUGCAAGAAAGACACUGGGAAAGAAUGUCAAAACUGUGUAAAUAUCCCUUUGACGUGGAAUCAGAAACCUUCACAUUGGCAAACGUCAUGGAGGCACCUCUGUUGAAAUACAAAGACGAUGUUGAGGAUAUAUGCAUCAGUGCGGUAAAAGAGCAAGACAUAGAAAGUAAAUUAAAACAAAUUAUCGCAGAAUGGUCUGUUGUAAAUCUACAAUUCGCUCCGUUUAAACAACGAGGAGAAUUACUUCUGAAAGGUACCGAAACGCACGAGAUAGUAUCUCACCUGGAGGACAGCUUGAUGGUGAUCAGCUCACUUUUAGCAAAUCGAUACAAUACGCCUUUUAAAAGAGAUAUCCAACUGUGGCAAAGUAAACUCAGCAACACCUCCGAAAUCUUAGGAAGAUGGUUGAACGUGCAAAACUUAUGGGCUUAUUUGGAAGCAGUAUUUAUCGGUGGCGAUAUAUCGAAGCAGUUACCAGCAGAAGCAAAACGUUUUAAUAACAUCGAUAAAGCUUGGGUGAAAAUUAUGUACCGAGCACGCGAAAAAUUGAACGCGGUGGAAACGUGUACAGGCGAUGAAACCAUGGGGCAAUUUUUGCCGCAUCUACUAGAACAAUUGGAGUCUUGUCAGAAGUCGCUCAGCGGGUAUUUGGAAACGAAGAGAAGUGUAUUCCCAAGAUUUUGUUUCAUAUCAGAUCCUACGUUACUGGAAAUACUCGGUCAAGCAGCCGAUUGUCAUACUAUACAGAAUUAUUUGGAUGGAUUCUUCGACAAUGUAGCGAAGUUCGACUUUUCCGAAAAAGAAUACGAGAGGAUUCUAGCCAUGUACUCGCGUGAGAACGAAAAGGUGGUGUUAGAGAAGGACGUUGUGUGUACAGGAGGUGUAGAAAACUGGCUAAACACUUUGUUAGCAGUGCAUCAGUUUUCUGUAGGCUGCGUAAUUGCGCAAGGCUUGCUGACAAUGGACAACGAAGACUUUGAUAUCAUACAGUUGAUAGACAACUCAAUUUUACAAGUGGGUUUGUUAGCCUUGCAAGUCCUGUGGACACGGGAUGCUGAGGUGGCAUUACGAACAGCGAAACGGGAUAGAGGAAUAAUGAAGAGGACAAACGAAUGGUUUUUGGACUUGUUAAACAGCCUCAUUGAAGUUACAGUUAAAGAUUUAACAAAAUACGCGAGAGCGAAAUACGAGGCUUUGAUUACGAUUCACGUGCACCAGAGAGACAUAUUCGAUGAGUUGUUCCGCCACAGAGUCCGCAACGUACAGGAUUUCGAGUGGUUGAAGCAGAGCAGAUUUUAUUAUAAUCCAGAUACGGAAGAAAUUCCCAUUCAAAUCACGGACAUCGAUUUUAUUUAUCAAAAUGAAUUUCUAGGAUGCACUGAUCGACUUGCUAUUACACCUCUUACAGACAGAUGUUACAUAACCUUGGCUCAAGCCGUAGGUAUGAAUUUUGGAGGUGCACCUGCAGGUCCAGCUGGUACUGGAAAGACAGAGACCACGAAAGAUAUGGGAAAGGCACUGGGAAAAUACGUAGUCGUAUUUAAUUGUUCUGAUCAAAUGGAUUUCCGUGGUUUAGGAAGAAUAUUUAAGGGAUUAGCUAUGGCUGGAAUAUGGGGUUGUUUCGAUGAGUUCAACCGAAUCGAUUUACCUGUCUUAUCAGUGGCUGCUCAGCAAAUAGCCAUUGUACUUACUGCCAGGAAGGAAAGAAGAAAUCAGUUCCUUUUUAGCGACGGUGAAACAUAUUAUUUGAGUUACGAGUUUGGAAUUUUCAUUACGAUGAACCCUGGCUACGCUGGCCGUCAGGAAUUGCCAGAAAAUUUAAAGAUACAAUUCAGAAGUGUGGCUAUGAUGGUCCCUGACAGACAAAUAAUCAUGCGCGUCAAACUGGCAGCCUGCGGCUUCAAAGAAAACGUUUUACUCUCACGGAAGUUCUUUACGUUGUACAAGUUGUGCGAGGAGCAGCUUAGCAAACAAGUGCAUUACGAUUUUGGUUUGAGAAACAUAUUGUCCUGUCUGAGAACUCUUGGCGCUCAGAAACGAGCAAAUCCCACUGAUUCUGAAGAAACUACACUUAUGAGAGUUUUGAGAGACAUGAAUCUGUCGAAGUUAGUGGACGAAGACGAACCUCUGUUCAUGUCCUUGAUCGAAGAUAUGUUCCCAGGCAUCAGACUCAGAGUUCAAACAUACAAAGACUUGCAAAAGGCAAUUACAAACGCAACUGCUGCACUUGGUAUAAUGAAUCAUGCCGAGUGGAAUUUAAAAGUUGUUCAACUUUACGAAACCUCUCUUGUGCGGCAUGGUCUGAUGGUGCUUGGACCAACGGGAUCUGGAAAAACACAGUGUAUGUGGGCGCUUAUGAAAGCCAUGACGGAAAUGGGUAUGCCACACAAGGAAGUCAGGAUGAAUCCAAAAGCCAUAACCGCAGCUCAAAUGUUUGGAAGGCUCGAUGUGGCAACAAAUGACUGGACAGACGGAAUAUUCUCCACCAUAUGGAGAAGAUCUACGCACAUAAAAAAAACUGAUAACUUAUGGAUGGUCCUGGACGGACCUGUAGACGCAGUGUGGAUCGAGAACUUAAAUUCUGUCUUGGACGACAAUAAAACAUUAACUCUGGCAAAUGGUGAUCGUAUUAUCAUGGCACCGAACACUAAAUUAGUUUUCGAGCCCGAUAACGUUGACAAUGCAUCGCCGGCUACGAUAUCACGCAUGGGGAUGGUGUUCCUGAGCGCUUCUGUAUUAAAAUGGAGUCCUAUUUUAGAGGCAUGGUUCAAAAAGCGACCACAAGCGGAAGCAGAUGUAUUGCGUGUUUACUUUAACAAAAUAUACGAUGAUGCUCAUACGUUUGUUCAAACAAAACUUCCAGUAAAAAUGGUCCUUUUAGAAGCAAUUUACAUAAGACAAUGUAUAGAUUUAUUGGAGGGUUUACUUGGCAAGAGCACCGGCCAUGAUGCAAAUUCUCAUAUCGAGAAGUUAUUCUUGUUUUCCGUUAUGUGGAGUUUGGGAGCGGUGUUAGAAUUAGAAGAACGUAACAUGUUGCAGGAGUUCUGUGUCAGUCAUGAAUCGAAAUGUCGUUGGCCACAGUGUGAGGAAGAUGAAACUAUCUUUGAGUAUUUGGUGUCAGACGAGGGACGCUGGAUACAUUGGUCCCAGAAGGUCCCAGAAUUUAUCUAUCCAUCGGACGAAGUUCUACCAUAUCAUACAAUUUUGGUUCCCAACAUAGAUAACACAAGAACUUUGUUUUUAAUGGAUACUAUUGCAAAACAGCGGAAGGCGGUGCUACUGAUAGGAGAACAGGGUACCGCAAAGACGGUAAUGAUCAAAGGUUACAUGUCCCACUACGAUCCUGAAGAACACUUGCAUAACUCCUUCAGUUUUUCUUCAGCUUCUACACCUAACAUGGUUCAGCGUGUGUUUGAGAGCUACGUGGAGAAAAGAGUCGGUAACACUUAUGGGCCCCCUGGUAGUCGCAGAAUGACAAUUUUCAUCGACGAUAUAAACAUGCCAGAAAUAAAUGAAUGGGGUGAUCAAAUUACGAACGAGAUUGUCCGCCAGUUGAUGGAAUAUGGAGGCUUCUACUCUUUGGAGAAACCGGGAGAUUUUAGUAUCAUUCAGGAUAUUCAACUGGUUGCUGCCAUGAUUCACCCGGGUGGUGGUAGAAAUGACAUUCCGCCGAGGUUGAAGAGACAGUUCAAUAUCUUUAAUUGUACCUUACCAUCGAAUAAAUCGAUGGAUACAAUUUUCAGAAGCAUCGGUGAAGGAUACUUCUGCCCCUCCAGAUUUGAAGAAAUCAUUGUGGAAUUUUUACCUAAAUUGAUACCUUUGACCAGAGUAUUAUGGCAGCAGACCAAAUUGAAAAUGCUACCAACACCAGCAAAGUUUCAUUACGUUUUCAAUCUCAGAGAUUUGUCUCGAAUUUGGGAAGGUAUACUCAGAAUCGAGAGAGCCGAAUGCGAUUCUAUAACUCGAUUAUUGAAACUCUGGGAACACGAGUGCACUCGUGUGAUUGCUGACCGAUUUAUAACGAGCGAAGAUACAGAGUGGUUCAAAAACACUCUGAAACGUACAGCUGAAAAGAUAUUAAGUCCUGAUGAUUUUCAACAUUACGACGACUCUGAAACUUAUUUCGUUAACUUCUUGCGCGAGCCUCCAGAAGCCACGGGGGAUGAGCCAGAAGACUUCGUAUUCGAAGCACCAAAAAUAUACGAAGAAAUACCAAGUUUCGAAGUUGUGAUUGCAAAACUCCAUCAGAACAUGGAUCAAUUCAAUGAGUACAUUCGCGGAAUGGAGUUGGAUUUGGUUUUCUUCCACGAUGCACUCGUACAUUUGAUUCGUAUAUCGAGAAUCCUUGGUGUCCCAAGAAGCAACGGGAUGCUAGUGGGUGUUGGAGGAUCAGGCAAACAGAGUCUGACACGUUUGGCUUCUUUUAUUGCUGGAUUUGACUUCUUCCAGAUAACGUUAUCCAGGAGCUACAAUGUUGGGAGUUUAAUAGAGGAUCUGAGGAAGAUUUAUCAUGCGGCUGGCACAGGGAGUAAAGGGCAGACGUUUAUAUUCACUGAUAAUGAGAUAAAAGAGGAAGGUUUCCUAGAAUACAUCAACAAUAUUUUAAGCGUUGGGGAAGUUGCAAAUCUCUUUCCUGCUGAUGAGCUGGAUGAAGUGUUAACGGAAGCCACUCCGCUGAUGAAGGUCGACGAUCCAAAGUGUCCACCGACUCCGGAUAAUCUUUAUCGUUAUUUCAUUUCGCGCGCACGGAAUCAAUUACACCUGAUCCUCUGCUUCUCACCAGUCGGAGAAAAGUUUCGGUCUAGAGCAUUAAAGUUCCCUGCUCUCAUAUCUGGCUGCACGAUUAACUGGUUUUGGAGAUGGCCAAGAGAUGCAUUAUACGAAGUGAGCAAUCACUUCUUGGAGAAGUAUAAGGUGAUAUGUACUCCAGAAGUAAAGCGUCAGUUAGUUGAAGUUAUGGGAGACAUGCAAGAUGACGUUAACGAUACUUGUACAAAAUAUUUUGAUAGAUUUCGGAGAGAGACAUACGUUACCCCAAAAACAUUCCUCACAUUUUUGGCUGGGUACAAGAUACUUUACAAGCAACGUUUGGACAAUAUUAACAUGCUUGCAUUCCGUAUGAGUAGUGGUUUGAACAAAUUAGUGGAUGCCGCGGCUCAAGUAGAUGAGUUGCGGAAGGUUUUGGAAAAGAAUCAGGAGGAAAUUGCGGUGAAGAACGUACAAGUGGAAGCUAUUUUAGUCACUGUCAAUGAGAAGAAAAGAGAAGCCGAGACAGUGAAAGCACAAGUUCAAGUUUCCAAAGACGAAGCUGAAGCCAUUUUGAAAGUAAUCUCGAAAGAGAAGUCCGUAGCGGAACAGAAAUUAAAAGCUGCCGAACCCGCGUUGCUCGCAGCAGAGGCUGCAUUACAAACUAUAAAAGCUGCUGACAUUGCCACAGUUCGAAAAUUAGGAAAACCACCAUACUUAAUUACGCUUAUAAUGGACUGUGUUAUAAUAUUAUUUGGAAGGAAGUUGGAUCCAGUCAAACCUGACUACGAACGAGAAUUUUUAAUGCCCUCUUGGACGGAAGCUUUAAAAGUGUUGGCUGAUACUAGGUUUCUGUAUAAUCUGCAAAAUUAUCCAAAGGACAACAUCAAUGCAGAGACCGUUGAUUUAAUGCAACCCUAUCUAAAUUAUCACUUGUACACCUAUGAGGCUGCAAAACAAGCUUGUGGCAACGUUGCUGGACUUAUUCAGUGGACCAUUUCAAUGGUUACAUUCUACGGGAUAAAUAAAGAUGUUCUUCCAUUGAAGGCAAACUUAGCUGUUCAAGAAAGCAAGUACGAGAAAGCGAAUCGAAAUUUGAGGGAAGCUGAGGCAGUCCUGAAAGCCAAAGAUGAAGAUCUGAAAGUGGUACAACAAGAAUAUGAUGCGGUGAUGGAAGAGCGUCAGAAAAUAGUUGAUUUGGCUGAAAUUUGCCAAGCGAAAACAAACACUGCUACUGCUAUGAUCGAUGGUCUUUCGGGUGAGAGGGUCAGAUGGACCGAACAAUUGGCUAUGUUUAAAUCUGAAACUGAUCGUCUUGUCGGAGACGUUUUGAUUCUAGUUGGUUUUCUGACUUAUUGCGGACCAUUUAAUCAGGAAUUCAGGAACCUGUUACAACGACAGUGGUUCGACUUCAUUCAACAAAGAAAAAUACCUGUUUCCCUCACAAUUAAUAUUACUACUUCUUUAACCGACACUGCUACGAUCGGAGAAUGGAGUCUGCAGGGUCUACCAACAGACGACUUGUCCAUUCAAAAUGGAAUCAUAGUAACAAGAGCUAACAGAUAUCCUCUGUUAAUAGAUCCGCAAUUACAGGGCAAAGCGUGGAUCAAGAACAAAGAGGAAGACUUUAAUUUACAGGUUACAAUUCUACAACAUAAAUAUUUUAGAAAUCAUUUAGAAGAUUGUGUUUCCCUUGGUCGUCCUUUGCUCAUCGAAAAUGUUGAAGAGGAGUUAGAUCCUGUGUUAGAUAAUUUGCUUGAAAAGAAUUUCAUAAAGAUGGGAACUUCUUUAAAGGUUAAAUUAGGCGACAAAGAGGUAGAUUAUCAUAAGGAUUUCAGGCUUUAUAUCACCACAAAAUUGCCAAACCCAUCAUACACCCCAGAGAUAUUUGCACGUGCUGCUAUAAUUGAUUUCACUGUUACAAUAAAAGGUUUAGAAGAUCAAUUACUAGGAAGAGUAAUAUUAACUGAAAAGAACGAACUGGAGACGGAGAAGACACAGUUGAUAGCAGAUGUAACUGCAAAUAACAGAAAGAUCAAAGAACUCGAAGCAAAUCUCUUACACAAAUUAACCACUGUCGAGGGUCCUUUAAUAGAAGACGUAGAAUUAAUGUCGGUAUUGAAUACCACAAAACAAACGGCAGCUGAAAUAAACGAGAAGCUAAAUAUUGCAAAAGACACGGAAUUAAGAAUCGACACUGCGAGAGAGGAAUUUAGGCCUGUCGCAACGCGUGGCAGUGUAUUGUACUUUUUAAUUUGCGACAUGGCUCUAGUCAAUUCCAUGUACCAAACCUCGCUCGUGCAAUUUUUGGAACGUUUCGACAUUUCAAUGGAAAGAUCCGAAAAGAGCCCCGUCAAUCAGAGAAGAAUAACUUACAUCAUCGAAUAUCUUACCUUUGAAAUAUUCAGAUACAAAGCAAGGGGUCUUUAUCAGAUCCACAAAUUUAUGUUCAGCUUGUUAAUGACGCUGAAGAUUGACCUGCAACGCGAAGCUAUUUCGUAUAAUGAAUUUCAGUAUUUCAUCAAAGGCGGUGCAGCUCUAGAUUUAAAUACUGUUGCGCCAAAACCCUGCAAAUGGAUUUCAGAUAUCACUUGGCUUAAUUUAGUUGCCCUCUCCUCUUUGGCGCAAUUUCAAUAUAUCCUUUCUCAGGUACCAGCUUCUGAGAAAGUUUGGAAAAGUUGGUUCGAUAAACCGGCGCCAGAAGAGGAAGCGAUACCAAACGGCUAUAAUAAUAUGGAUACCUUUCGAAAAUUGUUGUUAAUAAGAGCUUGGUGCAUCGAUAGAACAUUAUCGCAGUCACGCAAGUACAUAGCAAGUUCUCUGGGAGAUAAAUAUGCGGCACCUGUUAUCACCCGUUUGGAUGUAAUGCACGGUGAAUCGAGGCCAGACACGCCGAUGAUUUGCUUCUUAAGCAUGGGAUCGGAUCCAACGCCUAGCAUCGAACAACUUGCGAAAAAAAUGGAGAUUCAAUGCAAAAGUAUCUCGAUGGGUCAGGGACAAGAAGUUCAUGCACGGAGAUUGCUUCAAAGUGCAAAAACCGAAGGAUAUUGGGCCUUGUGCCAAAAUUGUCACUUAGGUUUAGAAUACAUGGAAGAGUUAGUCCUUUUUAUCUUGGACAUGGAAGACCCAGACCCCAAUUUCCGCAUAUGGAUUACCACCGAACCUCAUAAACAUUUUCCAAUAUCUCUGCUUCAGAUGUCCAUAAAAUAUACUUUUGAACCUCCACAAGGAGUAAAAGCCGGCUUGAUGGCUACAUAUGGUAUCAUGAACCAAGAAAUGUUAGAUCAGUGUGACGCUCCACAGUAUAUACCAAUUAUAUAUACAGUGUCAUUUUUGCACACUAUCGUACAAGAGCGACGAAAAUUUGGACCCCUGGGUUGGAAUAUACCGUACGAAUUUAAUUUAGCCGAUUGGCUAGCAUCCUGUAUGUUCAUUAACAAUCAUUUGAAUGAUUUUGACAUAAAACAAGGAAUUAGUUGGCAAACUGUUAGAUAUAUGAUAGGAGAGGUACAAUAUGGAGGACGUGUUACGGAUGAUUACGACAAACGAUUGUUAAACACAUUUACCAAGUUUUGGUUUUCUGAGGCUCUAUUUUCAGAAGAGUUUAUGUUCUAUAAAGGAUAUCCAGUGGUUGUCCAGAAGCAAGUUACAGAUUACUUGAAGGUAAUAGAAGAAAUGGCUCCUGUAGACCCACCACAAGUUUAUGGCCUGCAUCCUAAUGCAGACAUUACGUAUCAAGCAAAUACUACACAAACUGUCUUAGACACAAUAAUAUCUGUGCAACCAAAAGAAGCAGGCGCUGAAGGUGGCGAAUCGAGAGAAGCAGUUGUGGCUAGACAAUCAAAAGAGAUGUUACAAAAGAUACCGGAACCUUAUGACCCAUUUGAAGUAAAAUAUAGAUUGCAGAUAUUAGGUACUACUGCACCAAUGAGUAUUUUCUUGAAACAAGAAAUUGAUAGAAUAGAAGUGGUUAUUGAACUGGUAUAUGCUAUGUUAAAGAACCUUUUACUUGCAAUAGAAGGUGUUAUAAUAAUGAAUGAGGAAUUGAGGGACGCUUUUGACAACAUAUUUGAUGCAAGAAUACCUAAAGCUUGGAAAGCUAAAUCAUGGGAAUCUUCCACUCUUGGAUUUUGGUUUACCGAAUUAUUAGACAGAGAUAAACAGUUUCGUACUUGGUUAUAUAGUGGAAGACCAGCUAAAUUCUGGAUGACAGGAUUUUUUAAUCCUCAAGGUUUUCUUACCGCAAUGCGGCAAGAGGUAACACGAGCUCAUAAAGGAUGGGCUCUUGACAAUGUUACAUUGCAUAAUGAAGUUCUACGGUACACGGCAGAAGAAAUAAAGACUCCACCUCAAGAGGGAGUAUUCGUAUAUGGAUUAUAUCUUGAAGGAGCUGGUUGGGAUAAAAGGAACAAUAUAUUAUGUGAAUCAGCUAAUAAAGUUCUAUACGUCUUAAUGCCUGUGAUUCACAUUUUUGCUUUGUACAACAUUCCUGAUAAAGAUCCAAAAUUAUAUCAGUGUCCAGUAUACAAAAAGCCGAUGAGAACGUAUGUCUUACUGAUAACACCGCUAUGGUUACAAACAAGAAGACCUCCUGACUUUUGGAUCAUACGCGGAGUUGCGCUACUAUGUGAUAUUAAAUAAUUUAAUCCUAU